CACACACUCAUUCACACACACGCACGCAAGGAGUACAUAUAGUAUCUCACAGUCACACAUAAACCCACGGUCAGUUACUCCUCACAUAUCCAAAACUCUCUCAAGAUGGAAAUGGAGACCCCACCGCCGCUACUCAACCCAAGUCCCUCCCCGCUCACUCGUCUCAACUCGUUCGUCGCAACCAGCCGGGUCGGGAAACGCUUCAAGCUCGCCGAGCGCAACACCACCUUCACAACCGAGCUCCGCGCCGGCACCGCCACGUUCCUCACCAUGGCCUACAUCCUCGCCGUCAACGCCUCCAUCCUCUCCGACUCCGGCGGACCCUGCUCCGUCGCCGACUGCGUUCCCCUCUGCUCCGACCCCACCCUCCCCCACUCCAACUGCUCCGGAUCCCCGAGCCUCACCCUCAUCCAACCCGACUCCGCCUGCAAGUUCGACCCGGUCAACCCGGGCUACUCCGCCUGCCUGGACCGGAUCCGGAAGGACCUCAUCGUCGCCACCGCGGCGUCCUCUCUCAUCGGGUGCGUGAUCAUGGGAACCUUCGCGAACCUUCCGCUGGCGCUGGCGCCCGGGAUGGGGACCAACGCGUACUUCACGUACACCGUUGUUGGAUUUCAUGGAUCCGGCAGUGUUUCGUACCAGAGCGCUCUCGGCGCGGUUUUCAUCGAGGGUUUGAUUUUUCUGCUGAUUUCGGCGAUUGGGUUGCGGGCCAAACUCGCUAAACUCGUUCCGAAACCCGUCCGGAUCUCCUCCUCCGCUGGCAUCGGCCUUUUCCUCGCUUUCAUUGGUUUACAGAACGACCAAGGAAUCGGGCUAAUAGGUUACAGCUCAUCGACCCUAGUCACCCUCGGCGCCUGCCCCACCUCCUCACGCGCCUCCCUUGCCCCUGUCGUCACCUCCGCCAACGGCACCGUCAGCCUCCUCUCACGCGGCACAGUCUCCGGCGACAUCCUCUGCCUCCACCACCGCAUGCAGAGCCCCACCUUCUGGCUCGGCGUGGUUGGCUUCGUCAUCAUCGCCUACUGCCUCGUCAAGAACAUCAAAGGCGCCAUGAUAUAUGGCAUCGUCUUCGUCACCGCCGUCUCCUGGUUCCGCCACUCAAACGUCACCGUUUUCCCUCACACUCCCGCCGGCGACUCCGCGUACAAGUACUUCAAAAAAGUCAUCGACAUCCAUGUCAUCAAAGACACCGCGGGCGCCUUGAGCUUCAAAUCCAUUGGCAAAGGGCAUUUCUGGGAAGCCCUAGUAACAUUCCUGUACGUCGACAUAUUAGAUACGACAGGUACUCUGUAUUCCAUGGCUCGAUUCGCUGGAUUCACCACGGAAACCGGGGAUUUCGAGGGGCAGUACUUUGCCUUCAUGUCAGACGCUUCGGCGAUUGUGGUGGGGUCCCUACUGGGGACGUCGCCGGUGACAGCGUUUAUCGAGUCGUCGACGGGGAUAAGGGAGGGUGGGCGGACGGGGCUGACGGCAUUGACAGUGGCGGGGUACUUUCUGCUCGCGUUCUUUUUCACGCCGUUGCUGGCGUCGAUACCGGCGUGGGCGGUGGGGCCGCCGUUGAUACUGGUGGGGGUUCUGAUGAUGAGGUCGGUAGUGGAGAUCAAGUGGGAUGACAUGAGGGAGGCGAUACCGGCGUUCGUGACGUUGAUUCUGAUGCCGUUAACUUAUUCGAUUGCGUAUGGUUUGAUUGGAGGGAUUGGGACGUAUAUUGUUUUGCAUCUUUGGGACUGGGGGGUGGGGGCUUUGAGGGAGUUUGGAAUUGUUAAGGGGGUGAAGAGUACUAGUGAGGUGGUAAAUACUCAAGUUUCUAGGGAUGAAACCACAAAACCAUUCGAUGUUUAAACAAAAAGAACCUCUGAAAUCUCUCUCUCUCCCUUUGUGAUUUUAGUAAUUCACUUUUGUAUGACAAUUUUUUGAUUUGGGCAUAAAGAAAAAGAAGGUAAAUAAUAGAUCGCCCUCUUAGUUGUUAA